AUGGCUCAACCAAAUAUCCUGGUAAAAAUAAAGCAAUUGCAGGAUGCUGAUGAGAAAGUGAAGGAAAUGCUGUCCAAAUUGGGUCGUUUCGAUAAUCUGAUGGCAGAAGCAGAGAGGAGAAGCAAGCAGGAAAAAGAGGAGGCAGAGGCAUGGGUGGCAGUUUUCGUCGAACUGAGGCGUCAGGUUGGUUCUUGGUUGAAUACCAUUGCACUCUACACCCGUCCCAAAGUAGAAAAUGCAGAUCCUGAUCAUGAGGAGGAAGAUUCAACGUCAUCGGACAGCGACGAAGACGACGGCGACGAUGAAAAAGAAGACGCUGAGGACAGAGUGGUACUAGGUUCUUCGUUGUGGCUCUUGUGGGACAAGUUGCGCUGGCUCAUUAACCCACGUAUCUUCUCCUGUUUUAGGCAGCGUAGGAUCAUUGAUUUGCCUUUGCACACAAAGUUGUUAAGUUCGAGUUUGGAUCAGCAUUUGGAAAUGGCAAUUGGAUCCAGGUUUUUCACAACCACUGGCAUAGGAAAUAGUAAUGCUGGGGAUCCCACGAUCAGUAGCAACACAGCUGUUCCACUUCUUCCAACUAUGGGUCAAACCAUGAAUGCGGGUCCAACGCUGAGGCGUAUUAUAACUGCUGGUGAGAAUCCAACUGUGGAUGAUGGAGGUCAGGAUUUACAUAAUCUACUCCAAGCCGUAAUUCCCGAUCAGAGGAGAGGCAGCAACAACAAUACCAAUAUUGGGGUAAAAGUGAUCUCCAUAUCAGGGGAGUGGGGUGCUGAAAGGACCACGUUGGCUGAACGGCUCUACAAUCAUGUUAAGGUUGACGAAAAUUUUGACGUUAGAAGAUGGAUUACGGUCCCAUUUCACUAUGACCCUGAAAAAUUGGCCAAUGAUCUCCUUGGGGGGAGCCAAUUUGAGAGCAUUGAGGACGCGCACCGCGUGUCGUGGGAGUGGCUGUUGCAGAUGAUAGAAGAGUUCUUCUACAUGAAAAGCUUCCUACUUGUCCUGGAUAAAGUUGAUACUUGCGACUCCAGGCUGAGGAAACUCUUGAACUCCUUUAAACAUGGUUCUCCCGGAAGCAUAAUCCUGGUGAUAAUAUCAUCUCCGUACGAAGCUCAAAACCUGCAGGGUGCGAGCAUGUAUCGUCCGCUGGUAAUGUCUCCCGAACAAGGGUGGUCCAUCUUGAGAGAUAUGUUGUCAUUGUCUGGGAAAUCUAACUUAUUGUCUGGUGAAUUUGAAGAGGUUGGAAGGAGAAUCAUCCAGAAAUGUGAGGGCGUGCUAUUCAAUCUAAAGAUCAUUGGCACCCAUUUACAGCUGAAAGACACUGUACAAGAGUGGAAUGAAGUUUUGAACAGCAACGUCUGGGAGAUGGAGGAAGCCAAGGCUCAUGGUUAUUGUCCAAUAUAUAUCAUCUACAAAGACUUGCCUCUGCCGUUGCAACAUUGCUUCUUAUACGUCGCCAUCUUUGAUUUUGAUGCUGUCAUAGAUAUUGAGCAACUGAUUAGAUUAUGGAUGGCAGAAGGUUAUCUUGGCCCCCCAAGUGAAAGAGAUGACAGGAGGAGAAGGAAGGGACUCGAUUACUUCAAUCAACUGGUACAUCGUUCUCUCUUCUACAAUUUUGUAAAGAGCUCGGUUCAUAGAGAUAAAAUAAUUAGUUGCCAAAUGGAUACUAGACUUCAUCUCUUCGCAAGGUGGUUGGUUCGUCGCAAACUAGCAGUUCCUCCAAGCUUCGACAUUGGAUCAUGUUUCAUCACCUUUUAUCAUUCCAUGGUGCACCCACGUUACGAGUGGUUAGGAUCCAAUCACAUCACGGCAUUGAACUUAUCUUCAUCUCGAGUAAGAAAACUUCCAAGGGAGAUCCGGAAUUUGAUGCUUCUCCAGUACUUGAACUUGAGUGGGAACCCAAUCAAGCGACUGCCGGAGACAAUAUGUGAUCUACAGUACCUUGAGUUCCUAGAUGUUCACCUCUGUUACAUGUUGUUGAAGCUCCCUCAGGGAAUUAGAAAGCUUCAACGCUUGAGACACCUAAGGAUUGACCAUACCACAGAGGAGUUGUCGAAACUGCCACCAGGGUUCGAGGAAUUGACUUUGGUUUGUACUUUAGAUGUCUUCAGGGCGGGUGGCAAGUAUAAUAAGAUCUCCAUGUUGAAGGACUUCCAUUAUCUAGAGGAAUUAUGCGUCGUCAUCCAUAGUAAAGUGAUUCUAGAGCAAGCAAAGUUGAGAAACAAAACUCAGAUGCAAAGCUUGGAAUUAUGUUUUGUUGGGGAGGGUCGUGAUCCCGAAGUGGUCAAACUUGUGGAGGCCUGGGUUCCACCUCCAUACUUAGAAUUGCUCAAGCUUGAGGGUUAUCAAGGAGUCCAACUACCACAAUGGAUAGUGGAACGAUCUUUCAUCAACAACUUAAGAAGGUUGACUGUAAAGUCAGCUUUAAAGCUCCUCUCCUUGCCUGCCUUGCGGAUAUUGUCAUCUCUUGAGUUUCUAUGGCUCGAUGAGAUUCCGAUUUUGAAACAUUUAGGCCGCGACUUCCUUGGAUUGCCAGACCAUAAAGUUCAGAAUGAACACAAAUGGAUUGGCUCUAAUGAAUCUGUCAAGGGUAUAGAAGCAUUUCCUAAAUUGAAGACAUUCCGAAUUGAAUGCCUAGAUAGCUUGGAUACAUGGGAGGAUCUAAAUGAAGACGAUGAGAAGAUUGUCCAUAGAAUCUCUGUGAUGCCACACUUAGAGGAGCUAAUCAUCAGGGGCUGCUCAAAGCUGAAGGUCCUGCCGCAUCGCAUCCUUGCAAGGAUACCCUCCCUCAAGGUUUCAAUUGAUGGUAAGUAA